CCCAAUAGGGUAACAGGACGGAUGGGGGCGGGUACUGAUGAGUGACAGCCGGGGAUCCGGCAGGCGGAAGGUUAUGGGCUCCGGUGCUCUGUCCGCCGGGCCCCCGGCCCCCCCCACUCCGCACAAGAAGAUGAAGAAGAGGAAGGAGCUGAACGCUCUGAUCGGUCUCGCCGGAGACGGGAAAAAGAAGGGGGGAGGAGGACACCAUCCAUUGCUGCGCGCUCCCGACACAGAUAGUGACACGGACACCGAGGACUACGGCACCGUUACCGAGAGACAUGGCCGCUGCGGGAGGGGCGGAGUUAUGCAGUGCUGUAAGGUCUGCUCUCCGGUGUGUGCGUUCAUCGUCCUCGCUGCCUGUGUCAUGGCGUCCAUCGGCCUGGUGUGGAUGCAGAUCGCCCUGAAAGAGAACCUGUACCUCCUGAGAGAGCAGAUGAGAGCCGUGGAGUCCAGUCAGAGGAAUUCAGUUCAGGAGAUCCCCAAAAUAAAGGAAGAUCUGAUUGGGAAGCAGAAGCAGCUGGAUGAGGUUGUGAGUGGCGAGCUGGGCCUCCAUAGACUGUGGACCAACAUCACUGACAUGAACAAGCAGAUCUCUCAGCUCAGCAGCGCCGUCAGCCAGUUAAAAGCCAAUCUGAAGUCUGCCGCGGAUCUGAUUAACUUACCGAAGAAGAUGGAGGAACUUCAGAAGGUGAACGAACGAGAAAUCACCCUGACCUGUGUCCACCAUGAUGUGGAGACUCUGCAGGCCGCAUCGGAGGAGCAGAGGAAGCUGCUGGAGACGUUGCAGAAAGAAGUUGCUGGUGUCACCUCAACACCGUCCCCUCCCCCAGCUCUGGGAGCACUCGGCGCUGCACAGGUGGAGAGCUCCCUGGAGGAGCUGAACGUCACCGUCAUAUAUAACCAGCAAGUCAAUGACAUUCGUCUUCACAAAGGUACGGAGGUGCAGAGAAAGGGUUAA